CUCUGGAUUUUUUAAAGUUUUCCUGAAGAAGCAUCGUGAUACAAUAAAUGAUGCUACUAAACGUUGUUGUUUUUAAAUUAGGCUAAGAACCUAAUUAUGUGUUUAUGUAACACUUUUUGUAUAAAUUGUAGAACCAAGUAGUACUCUUUUCUAGAUAUUCUCUGCUUCUAUAAUGACUUCGUCGUACGCAUCAUUCUUAUCUAUCUCCAAUGGUUUCGUUGCAAGCCCACCUCCAAAUUCUUCGGCUUUUCUCGUCCCUUCGUUGAAACUCACCGCGAGGACAUCAAAUUCUCGGAAUCUGAGAAAUGGGAAUUCCCUGAAAUCUUCGAAUAAUCAUGGGUUUCUAGUCAAAUCCAGAAAUUUCCCUAGUGUUUAUGCAAGAGCUGCUGCAGAGAAGACUGUUCACGAUUUCACUGUAAAGGACAUAGAUGGGAAAGAUGUAUCUCUGGACAAAUUCAAAGGCAAACCUCUUCUGAUCGUUAACGUCGCUUCAAGAUGUGGUUUGACAUCAUCAAAUUACUCAGAGCUUUCACAUCUGUACGAAAAGUACAAGAACCAAGGAUUUGAGAUUCUAGCUUUCCCUUGCAAUCAAUUUGGAUUUCAAGAGCCUGGAUCAAACCCUGAGAUCAAGCAAUUUGCUUGUACACGAUUCAAAGCUGAGUUCCCU